AUGUGGUAUUCACGUAGAGGACAUAAUUACAAAGAAUUUCAUUUCUUAACGCAGAAAGAAGAAUUAAGUUGGAAGCUAAACACCUGUAUUCUCAAAAUGAGUUCAUCGUUCACUUCCACCAGUUCUGAUUUCUCAGGAUAUAUACGGCAGAGGGAAAGCGACUCUCAGUUGGAUGAAGACAAGUAUAGAAAACACUUACUCAUGGGUGGAUUUAAGGGGGAAAAAAAUCAAGUUAUAAAGGACUUAAGACAAACAGAAAUGGACUAUAUAAAAAUGAUUCAUGACCAAAAAAGUCAAAUAAUCGACUUAAAUGUUCAGUUGAAUAGUACACAAGCAUCCAGAGAAAGGGAGCAUGAUAAAUUAGAAAUGUUAAUAAUUAAAACACAGGACUUGGAGGACCAGAUAACCGAUUAUCAAAAACAGUUAACAGCAAAAAAUCUAGAACAAAAAAAUAAAGAUAUUCAAAUCAUGAAAGUCACCUAUGAUAAUAAAGGAAAAUCAAAUAAUCUCUUGCUAUGUAAGGCUGAAAUUAAAAAAUUAAAAUUUGAGUUGAUGAAUGUCGAAAAAAAACUCGCAGUCUCGGAAAAAAAAUAUUUUCUUGCAAUCGAUAAAGAAGAGAAGUCCAUAAUUGCGAUUAAUUUUCUGAAGAAGGAAAUUGAAAAAGGUGAAUUAAUAAAAGAACAUAAUGAUACACUCAGAGCUAAAUUAAAAUUUAGGAACAAACAAAUGCGUACUUUAAAAAGGAAAUGUCGUGAAACACAAAAGAGAUUGCAAUUAGAAUUGGAAGAAUGUUUAGUUGAAAAAUUUUUAUUUUAG